GGCUGACCGAGGGCUAUUCAGUUUUUGUGUUCCUUGAGGCUGUGUUUUGAAACUCUUGUAACAAGGAAAAACCUCUUUAUAGCCGUGGCUAGUCUCACCAUGUGUCAAAUUUACCAUGGGACUGUCAGGAAUUUCAUACUUUGCUUCCAAAACAGCUAGAGAGAGCAGGAGGACUGGAGAUCGGAGCACGGUUCUACAGACCUGGGUGUUCCACUCACCGUACCCUCACUUUUACCCAGCUCUGUGUUAAAAGGACACCUUUGGGGUAUAGGGACACUUUUUGGGGUCUUUCUGGACAGGUCCUCAUUUGAAGCUACUAGGCUAAGAUGCAUGGAGGUUAUGGCUGCAUGGUAUGGUACCGUGUACAUGGAAAUACCUAAGCGAAGAGACCUGUAGAAAUUGGGAUAGGAUUAUGUUCUGGGAGACUAUAGCGGCCACCUUUCAGUUGUGGUUCUGGAUGGUGAGAAUUGGCCCUGCCAAUGCUUCUGGGCUUGCUAAAGAAGCAUUAUGUUGGGAUGGACACCCCUGGGCCACUGGUAACUUCAGCUGUGUGGAUCCCGAGCCUUAUCUGGUAACUGGCCUUGGAAACAGCAUUAUUAAAAUGAACCUGAAUGGCAGAGACCAGAGAAGAAUCCUGUCUGGAGUGGGAAGGUCCAUCCUGCUGGACUUUCACUUAGGUGAGGGGACAGUGUUUUGGGCUGACAUACAUGCAGGACUAAUAAACAGAGCAGGACUGGAUGGGACACACAGACAGACGCUUAUCUCAUCAGUGAAGGGAGUCACAGGGUUGGCUGUGGACUGGAUUGAAAACUCAGUAAUCUGGAGCAGUGCAGAGAAAGGAACAAUACAGAGAGUAGACACAGAUGGGAGAAAUGAAAGGACUGUCCUACAAGACCUGUCCCAGCCAAGCUCUGUUGUAGUGGAUCCGAAUGAGAGAUAUAUUUUCUGGUUGUCAGAUGGAGUAACUCCCAGCAUCCAGCGUUCGGACACCAGUGGUGGGAUGAGUACAACUUUGCUGAAAGUUACAGACAGGCUCAAGGUGUUGGUAAUUGACCAUAGGGACAGGCGAUUAUUCUGGAUUCAGCAAGGCCUAAAAAGGCACACUGCACUGGGGUCCUGCAAUUAUGAUGGCAACAUUAUCAACGUCUUCAAUCAGCCCUUAAGAUCACAAUCUCUGAGGUUGACAGUCUUCCUGGAUUAUGUAUACUUAACAGAUUCUAAGUCAAAAAGCAUAAGACGAAUAAACAAGUAUAUAGGGGGCCCAGGAGAGAAUGUCAAUUCCAAACGGAUGCUGCACCCCCCUACUGAUGUCAAAGUGGUACAUCAUAUUAAUCAACCAGUGAUGGAAAGUCCUACUUCUUUGACUCCAGGUUGUAAUCCACAGUCAGGAGAUUGUGUAAAGGUCUGUUCUCAUCAAAGUGACACCGGAUUUUGCCACUGCAGGGAUGGUUUUUCUCUCAAUAAAAAAGGAAACUACUGUGAAGAUAUAAAUGAAUGUGCCCUGUGGAAUCACGGCUGUUCGCUGGGGUGUGAGAACGUCCCGGGCUCUUACUUUUGCACCUGCCCUAAGGGCUACCUGCUAUUGCCUGAUAUGAAGACCUGUCAAGAAGCUAAACCAUGUGUAGAAAAUAAGACAGUUUGUGAUCAUGCUUGCAUCCAUACAAUACAAGGAGAUGUGUGCUUGUGUCCAGAAGGAUCAAUACUAAAGGCAGAUGGGCGUUCAUGCACAGGCUGUAUGUCUGCAGAUCGUGGAGGCUGCAGUCAUAUAUGUGUUACAUUAUUUCCAGGCAGGUGGGUAUGCGAGUGUCGACCUGGAUAUCAGCUACAGCCUAAUGGAAAACACUGUGCUGCCACAGGACCUCCACCAUACCUGUUAUUUGCCAAUGUAAUGGAUAUAAGAAUGAUGAACGCAGAUGGCACAAAGAGCAAGAAACUGCUGGAGGAACCAAGAGGCACCAUUAUAGCUGUGGACUAUGAUCCAGUGCAGAAACAAGUAUAUUUUGCAGAUAAGGGGCUGAAACGUAUUGAGAGAGCUUCAAUGGAUGGUAGUUUAAGAGAGAUAUUGUUCUCCUCUGGAUUAGACUCACCUGAGGGCCUAGCUGUAGACUGGGUCAAUCGUAAACUGUACUGGACUGAUAAAGGAUUAUCUUCAAUUUCCCGCAGCGGUUUAAAUGGGCUUGGCAGCGAAAUCUUUAUAGAUGAAAACAUCCAGAAACCCAGAGGCAUUGCGCUUCAUCCACAGGCACAGAAGGUGUACUGGACAGACAUGGGAAAUCGUCCUGCAGUGGAACGGUCAGAUCUGAACAGAGAGAUGCGUGAGGUGGUUGUCAGCACUGGACUGGUGUCUCCCAGUGGAUUAUCUGUGGACCACGGCUCUCAGCGUCUGUUUUGGUGUGACCUGAAUAGUGGUCUGAUCGAGUCAGCCAACCUGGAUGGUUCUGAUCGCCAAGUACUAAGCGAGAACCAAGUAGGUCAUCCGUUUGAUGUUGCUGUGUUUGAGAACUUUCUUUGGGUCAGUGACCAGGAAGACCACCAGCUCUACCGCCUGGACAUGAGAACUGGAGAAAACAUUCUGGGUCUCCAUGUUAAGUCUGUCCAACCAGCUGCUUUGAUUGUUGUUCAUCCUCUUACAAAACCAGGUGGUCCUGAAUCAAGUCUAAGCAAUAAAACACUAAAUGACAAGAACACACCGCUGGCCAUGUCAGACAUACGUUCAGAUGAACACCCACAAGGACUCUUUGCUGAAAAGAUGGUGUCAGACCAGGAUGAUUGCUAUUCUCUUAAUUGUGAUGUGAACACUCAAUGCACGCUGGAGGAGGGUAGAGCUGUUUGUCAGUGUGUGAGAGGCUUUAUUGCAGAUGGAGAGCUGUGUGUAGAUAUCGAUGAAUGUGCAGAAGGUCUGGUGGAGUGUAGCAGCUCUCAUUCUCAGUGUGUGAACACGGCAGGUGGAUAUUUCUGCCAGUGCAAAACAGGAUUCAGCGGAGAUGGUCACCAAUGUGUGGAUAUAAAUGAGUGUCAGUUAGAUAUGCACAAAUGCAAUAAAAAUGCUAAGUGCUUGAAUACAGUAGGAAAUUAUCAGUGUAAAUGUCAAGCCGGCUAUACGGGCACUGGAUUCCACUGUCACGAGGAGGUUAAGGGCGCCUCCUCCUGGCCAAGUACAAGUAGUCCACUUGAUGUCACAUCACAAUGGCAACACAAUAACAGCGUGCAGAGCUGCCCAUCCACCCAUGACUCUUACUGUCUGUAUGAAGGGGUCUGCUUCUAUUUACCCGAGUUAGAGUCUUUCGCCUGCAGCUGUGCUUCAGGCUACAUGGGGGAACGCUGUCAGUUCAGUGAUCUUGAGUGGUGGGAACUGCAGCAGGCUGAACAGGAGAAGAAGAGGAACGCGGUUAUAGCUGUGUGUAUUGUGCUCCUUGUUACCCUGCUCUCCAUCGCUGCCUGUAUCACCUACUGCUAUGGGUCUAAAAGACGUUUUGGAGCUUAUCCUUCAGAUGAUGACGUGGGUAACAUAAGCAUGAGUGAGGACAGUAUUACUGAAACGACAGCCAUUUCACAGAUCUUUGUAGUUUUGGACAGAAGAUCAUGUGGUGAUGAAAGGAUCCUUCAUGUUGUGGGGUGUCCAAUAAGCGCAUGCUCCUCUUGUUCCUCAAAAGCAGAAAUAAGUAUUGCUUCAGUGGAGUCUGGGAGAUUACAGAGAGACAAACAUGAUCUGGAUGCUGCCAGCUGCUCUGUAUCCUGCAACGCAGACACAUUGGUUAUGGAGAAGACCACUGAUAACCUAAUAUCUUUAGAAGACCCCCUGUCAAUGACCCACUGAUUUACCCAAAAGCCUCAUUUAAAAUUCUGUCAUAUUUUUAUCAUCUUCAUGUUGUUCUAACCUGUAUGAGAUUCUGCUGAACGCAAAAAAAGAUAUUUUGACAAAUGAGGGUAAUCACACAGUUGGUUGUACCCAUUGACUUCCAUAAUAUUUGUUUUUCCUAAUAUGGUAGUCAAUAGGUACCAUCAACUUUGUGAUUACCAUCAUUUUUCAAAAUAUCUUCUUUUGUGUUCAUCAGAAUAAAGGAUGAGGGUGAUGACAGAAUUUUUAUUUUUGCGUGAACUAUCCCUUUAAGAGACUGGCAUGUGAACUUUUAAUUUCGUUCAGUAUACAGUAGGUGGAUGAAGGAGUGCGUUUUGUUUUUCUUUGUGUUCCAGAAAAACAAGACUCCAAGUAGCAACAGUUAUUUGUCAGCAGAUUUCAUGCAAAAAAUAGGUCAAGACUUGAUCUGCUGGGAUCUGUAAAAUCAGUGCACAUCCUGCAAAUGCAAUACAAAUAAGAGCUUUAGAGUGUAUUGAGAUCAUUUAAACUAACGGUGCCAUCUAAAGAGAGUUGUAUAUUCAGCUGUGUAUAUUCAGCUUGCUGUUUCUUUUAAUUCUAGAGCCAUGAGACGUAGUAUAGACAUAGUACUGUUAAAUUUGUUACCCAUUGUAUUGAGUAUUAACUCUGUAAAUAGUUUAAAAUGCCUCUUUUGCUUUUGAACAUAUUGUGUAAGAUUAUAUUAAACUUGAAAAUAUAAUAUUAGUUGAUUUAUAAAAUAGUUUAACAUGUUUGAGCAGAUACAGAGGGAAGAAAUUAUGCUUUAUGAGCAUUUUUUUAAAGAAAUUAUAAUAAAAAAAAUCAUAUGAUAGACUCACAAAAAAUACCAUUGGAAUUAUACAAAAAUUUUAAGUCUGGAUUAUCAUAAUACAUAAAUCAGUGAAAGAAUAUACUUAUAUAUAUUUUUUACAGUAAUGUGAAUAACUAGAAAAUAACUACACUUCUUACAGCUCAUUUGGUAUUUCAGUCACAGAUAUUCUCUGUUUUUUCAGCACGCCUUUAAAUUUAGAUACAUCUACUGUAUAUCUGUCCAACAGAUAAAAUAUAUGCUGGGAUUAUAAGGCUUUAACCUACUUCUGCUUUCUGGACCAAAUAUACAGAAUAUGCUUUUUGUUUUCUCUACAUUUGUUCCCUUUCUUCCUUUGUCUUUUAAUUGAUGUGCCCUUUUCGACAUAUGUUAUCCAAACACUGUCUAAAUCCAUAGUGAUAUGUUUCUUAAAAUAUAUGCUCAAACUCUUUUCUUCUAAAGGCUGUAGAUGCUUUAGUGAGUAAUAGAUAAAUGCAUAUCUUACAAUGUUUUAAUAAAUGAAAAAGGUGGGUAACGGUUCUGAAGUGUUAGUAUUAUUGUAAAAAAAAAAAAAAAAAAACGGUAAUUUUCUAUUUUUUCCAGGGAAUGUUUUCUUUCUCAGAAAAUGUUGAAACGUUUAUUCACACACAAUUACAUAUACGUCUUUUUGUUUUAUGUGUCAUGUAUUGAUAGUAUUGUUCAAUAAUAUUUAGUCUUAUGUAUUUCCUAAAAAAAAAGAAAAUGUAAAUAACUUGGAAAAAUUAAAGAAAUUUAGCUGAAGGCCGAGAACAUUAAA